UCCUUGCAGAGCGGCCGGGCUGGCCAUGGGCACCCCGGUGUAUAUCACGGUGGAGCUGGCCAUCGCGGUGCUGUCCAUCCUGGGCAACGUGCUGGUGUGCUGGGCCGUGUGGCUCAACAGCAACCUGCAGAAUGUCACCAACUACUUCGUGGCCUCGCUGGCCGCAGCGGACAUCGCCGUGGGCGUGCUGGCCGUGCCCUUCGCCAUCAGCAUCAGCACCGGCUUCUGCGCCGCCUGCCACGGCUGCCUCUUCAUCGCCUGCUUCGUGCUGGUCCUCACCCAGAGCUCCAUCUUCAGCCUGCUGGCCAUCGCCGUUGACCGAUACAUCGCCAUCCGUAUCCCGCUGCGGUACAACGGCCUGGUGACAGGUGCCCGGGCCAAGGGCAUCAUCGCCAUCUGCUGGGUGCUGUCCUUCGCCAUCGGCCUGACCCCCAUGCUGGGCUGGAACCAUUGCAGUGUCCCGGAGGAGGGCCGGAACCUCUCGCAGGCCUGCGGGCCGGGCCAGGUGGCCUGCCUGUUCGAGGAGGUGGUGCCCAUGGGCUACAUGGUGUACUACAACUUCUUCGCCUGCGUGCUGCUGCCCCUGCUGCUCAUGCUGGCCGUCUACCUGCGCAUCUUCCUGGCCGCCCGGCGGCAGCUGAAGCAGAUGGAGAGCCAGCCGGCGCCGGGUGAGCGGGGGGCGCGCUCCACACUGCAGAAGGAGGUGCACGCGGCCAAGUCGCUAGCCAUCAUUGUGGGGCUCUUCGUCCUCUGCUGGCUGCCCCUGCACGUCAUCAACUGCUUCACCCUCUUCUGCCCCGACUGCGCCCACGCGCCCCCCUGGCUCAUGUACCUGGCCAUUGUGCUCUCCCACACCAACUCCGUGGUCAACCCCUUCAUCUACGCCUACCGCAUCCGAGAGUUCCGCCUCACCUUCCGCAAGAUCAUCCGCAGCCACGUGCUGCGCCGGCCGGAGCCCUACAAGGCCUCCGGGGCCAGUGCCCGGGCCACUGACGGUGAGGACGGCGAGUCUGGCCGCCGCUCCCAUAGCCACUCACUGGGCCUGUGGGCCAACGGCAGUGCCCCCCGCCCUGAGCGCAGGCCCAACGGCUACGCCCGGGGGGCCCCCCGGGACAGGAGCCUCCCCGAAGCCAGCCCUGACUCCCCCGGCCCUGAGACGCCCCUGGCCCAGGACGGAUCGGGUGUGUCCUGACCCCCGCCCCCUCCCCACCACCUUGGGUCGCCCCUGUAGGAAGAGAAAGGGUGUCUGCCCUGCUGGGUUGGGAACGACUCCCAUGCUGGACAGGAUGCUGGCCUGUCCCCGCAGAAGCUGGCCGGAGCCUUGGUGAGGGCUGGGGUGGCCCCCCGGGGGAGUCUGGCCAUAGGCUUCACCCUGGACUCCGUGGGGCCCAGGGGCUGUUGUGUCCGCAUGAAGGAACUUUUGGGUGGGACCGUGGCCCCCCCACCCCUAGGUGCCCUGUCCGUGCAGGCCCCGCUGCUACAGGGUGCUGGGGGCAGGGCACACCGGCCGAGCC